UUCCUGUGGCUGUAGCAACUACUAGGAAGUGCGGGUGGGAGGGAAGCAACUUAUCACCGACUGCUGCAUACAGAUCUUACGGGACCGUAUAAUAAAGGGUGAUGUGUUAGGGGAAAAUGGGCAAUAAAUCCCACAAAGGAACUGUAGUAUCAGCUGGAUCAGGAGGACACCAGGACCAGCAGGCAGUGCAACUCCCACCAUAUCAUGGAUCACCUUGCCAUUAUCAGUUGCUGGAGAUGUCAGUGACAUUCCAGAACAACAUGGCUUUUAACUUUUCUCCUGGUCAGAAUAUGAUUAGUACCAACAUAGACAGCUACUACCCUGCCCUAGCACAACCAUAUCAGCAGGGCUGGAGAAUGACAUCAUUCUACAGGAUACCAGGAGUGGCUCAGCAGCAAGGACUUUUUAGUACAGCAGUAAAUGUACCUUUCCAAGGAAUAUUUGUCAGGUUAGCCAGUGAUCCAGAGUUUUGUAGUGAACAGUAUCAACUGAAAGUGGAGAAGUCUAUCAUGUAUGUGGCAACUUUUAGAGGAGGUAUGCUGUCAUUGACGGGGCCACAGGGUGUCCAGGGUGAUAUGUCAGAUAUCCAGAUGAAGAUAGCUCAGAACACUCAGCAUGGUGGCAGGCUAGUGUGUGUCGAGAUGUCAGGACAGUAUGUGACACAGGGAAUGGGAGCAGCUAUGAGGGGAGUAUCUCCAGGUAUUGGAGUUGAUGUUUUCUUUAACAUGCCCCUCCAUCCCAACCCAAGGUGUUACACUUAUCAAGCAGUCAAUGUACCGAUUGGAAUCCGCUCCAAAAUGGGUUUCACUCCAACUAUUCAGGUCCAAUGUGAUUGGAUGAGUCAUUAUGCAGCUUUUUUACAGCAAGGCUGGCGAUUGGUGGAAAUAUUUUUGGAUCAAUCUUACAUGCGAUCAGGUGCUUUCAGUACUUCAGCCACCAUGAACACAGUGUGGUUCUUUGAAAAACCAGCUGAUGCUUUGAAUGAUCCAACCCCAGUCUAUGAAGGGACUAUAGUGGAUUUUGAGCAUAAAAUAACAGGUGGUUUUGGAGGAGCUAGAGGAAGUGCUGGAUGGAAUCCAGUAUUAGAAGACAUGGGAACCAGGGGCUGGGAACUGGCUUGUAUCCUAGAGACACCAGAAAUAAGGACGACUGGCAUUGGUCAAAUCAAGAUGAAGCUGUUGCUCUUCUUUCAGAGGAAGAUCGUUAGGCAAUAUCCUGGGUCUGCAGAGGCAGCACCUCCCCCACCAGGUUUUGCUGUCCCCCCCACUGCAGAGAAGGCAGAGCCAGUGAUGACUGAAAAACCAGAGCACUUUAAUCAAUAAGAGAUGCUGUGGGAGCGUAGCUAUAAAUUAUUCACCUUUGUGACUGCAUCGAGAUAGCAUAAUUUCAUGCACAAAUUGCAUUCCAGACACUUUUAAAUGUUAAUCAAGUUACAUAUCAGUGUUUGGUAAAAUUAUUUAGGUAUCUGAGGUAUAAUCUCAUUACCUUAAUCUCUAAAUGUAUGUUAUUAAAUAAAACUACCUGUAAUACAAUUUAAUAGAAUGUUUACAGUUGUGAAAGAAUUGAGGCUUCAUCUUUUAGCAUAAUGUUACAUAUGUAGUUAUAUCUUUGCCACUAAAACUCAACCAAAUGCCAUCAUAUAGUUUCAAAUAGCAUAACGUUAAAGAAAUACCAAAGGGCAUAUUAUGUCUUAAAAGAAACAAGUAGAAGUUGUUUAUGUGUGUUACAGGGAAUUUACAAUCAUUUCAUAAAUAACUUUGUUUAAAUUAGUGUUUAAAAGGUCUCUAGUCAAUGUAACUUAAUUGGCUUCAAUGCAUCUUGCUAUAGGAAUAGCUUUUACUUGUUUAUUUUAUGUUUGUACUUCAUCUUGUACAUAGUUUGUAGAGAUAAAUAUUUUUUAUUGUCAGAAAUUGGUCAGUCACACCAUUAGCUGGACUUCCUAGGCCAUUUUAGGAAGCUCCAGAUCUCUGCCACAAAAAAAUAUUGGGGUCAGUCAUCAAAUAGAUAGGCUGCCAUCUUCUAAGCAAAACACAUUAUGAUAACAGUAGGAUACAGAUUGGUGUGUAUGGCCAUAAUUAAUGACAAGCAUAACGGUCAGUAAUGCUAGUAACAUAAAGCAUUGAAAGUCAGUUUUUGUACGUUUAUUCUCUUCAAUAUAUAUAUAUAUAUAUAUAUAUAUAUAUAUAUAUAUAUAUAUAUAUAUAUAUAUAGUUUGUCUUGAAACUAGGAGUAGAGGUAUUUAUAUGUCUUAGUUUUUAGAAUUAUGUAUAAAUGCUUCCAUCAGUGUUGAGCACUCUGGAAACUAUACACUUCAUAUCAAUACACAUUCGUAAAUGAACUUCUAAGAGAUGCUUAAAGGUAGUGGUUUUUCUGCAAUAGUAAUUUGUUUGACAUUUUACUUCAAAUAUUUGUAUUAUUAAUUUUUACCAACUUGUUUCUCAACCCCCUCUAACCUAAAAACGGCCUUAAUAGAAAAAAAAAUUGAAUGACAUAAAAUGCAUUGAUAAUCAAGGGGAGGUAAAGACAUAAGUUUUAAACCAACAUGAUUAUUGUAUGUCACCAGUAAUUAAGACAAAAAAGUUCAGUGAAAAGGAGUCACUGCUUACUAUUGUCCAAAAGGUUUUUAAAAAGUAACAAAAAACAUUUUUGAACUUUUGAAAUCCCCCACCUCACAAUUCUUAUUUUCUUAAGAAAAUAAGAAUUGCUUGUAAAACAAGUUAUUUUAAAAAAUCCAACUCAAAUAUUUCAAAGGGAAGGAGAAUCAUUUUUAAUAUUAGAUUACACUCUUUUAUCAGGUUUCAAAGGAAUACAUAUAUAAAGGAAUACAUAUAUAUAUAAAGGAUCAAAAGCUUAUAUUUUACAAGCAUAUAUUAUAAGUGGCAUUUUAAUUGUGCUUCUCAUUAUUUAUUCACAAUAAAUGUGUAACAAGGAAUAUCA